CCAAACUCUCCUCAGACCCCACCGCAAAAGCAGGCAGCCACCAGCCCCACCACAGCAAAGCGACUUCCCAAAAGCCCAGAACCGUCACUGUUUUCACUCUUCCUCUCGAUUAGAAAGAAAGUCGGAGGGGUUGUCCGUGAGUGUAGGGGAAAAUGGGUUGUGGGAAUCUGUUCUUCACCAUACUAGUAACUUUUUCGGUGGCGUUGAUUACGUACAACAUUAUCAUCUCAGCAAGUGCGCCUCUCAAGCAGGACCUCCCGGGGCCAUCAAGAUCGUCGAUUGUUGAUCCGGUAAUCAAGAUGCCACAGGAGAGAUCGAGGCGUUAUGGUUCCGGUGAUAAGAGGCGGCUGUUUCACACUGCCGUCACAGCCUCUGACUCGGUCUACAAUACUUGGCAGUGCAGAGUCAUGUACUACUGGUUCAAAAAGUUCAAAGAUGGACCCAAUUCCGAUAUGGGUGGCUUCACCAGGAUCUUGCAUUCCGGUAAGCCGGACAAGUAUAUGGAUGAGAUACCCACUUUCAUUGCCCAGCCUCUGCCUGCUGGAAUGGAUCAGGGUUAUAUAGUACUCAACAGACCUUGGGCAUUUGUGCAAUGGCUUCAACAAGCGGACAUAAAGGAAGAUUACAUUCUGAUGGCAGAGCCAGACCAUGUUAUUGUCAAGCCAAUACCAAACUUAUCCAAAGAUGGACAUGGAGCUGCGUUUCCUUUCUUCUAUAUAGAGCCUAAAAAGUAUGAGUCAGUCCUUCGGAAGUUCUAUCCAGAGGAAGAGGGUGCAAUAACCAACAUUGACCCAAUAGGAAAUUCUCCGGUCAUUGUUGGGAAGGAUUCUCUUCAAAAGAUUGCUCCCACUUGGAUGAAUGUUUCUUUGGCAAUGAAAAAAGAUCCUGAAACAGAUAAAGCUUUUGGCUGGGUACUUGAAAUGUAUGCUUAUGCUGUUGCCUCUGCUCUGCAUGGCGUUAGUAAUAUCCUGUACAAAGAUUUUAUGAUUCAGCCUCCUUGGGAUACUGAAGUUGGUGCAAAGCUCAUUAUUCAUUUCACGUAUGGAUGUGAUUAUGAUAUGAAGGGUAGGUUAACCUAUGGGACGAUUGGAGAAUGGAGGUUUGACAAAAGGUCGUAUGAUAAAGUGCCACCCCCAAGAAACCUUCCCCUGCCUCCAUCCGGGGUUCCAGAAAGUGUGGUGACUCUCGUGAAGAUGGUAAAUGAAGCCACAUCAAACAUUCCAAAUUGGGGAUCAUAGAAGAAAAUGAAUCCUGGUGCAGUCUUUCUUGCAGUCACUUGGUUAUAGUCAUGAGAAUUGGUAAAGAAACUGCAUACCGUGACACGUGAAUGAAAAGGGACAGAAAUGGGCCUUGUUAAAUGGAAAAGUUACGUUUGAUACUCCCCACACGAGACCUAUACUGGGUGUAGUGUACCAUAUGGCUGUUUGUAAUGCUCAAUUGAUUAGGUAACUUGCAUGUUUUAGAUUUAAUUAUACAAUUUGUGUUACUCUGAGUUUGUGCUGCAAAAUAAAAGUGCUUUGAUAAAGAAUGCAGAAGUUC